AUGGAUUCAGAGGCGGUGGAGCUCAAGGUUCGAAUAUCCGAUGCCCAAGGGCUCAGGCUGCAGAGAGGCGGCGAGAUUCGACUGGUUAUUACUCUGUGCACCUCCUUGGACCGCGAGGGUGCAGAGUUUGGUGCCAAGGUGACUCCCUGGCUGCCCGUACCUCCCGAUGAGGCGCCCCAGUGGAAGGCCCGCGAGGCCAUCUUCCGCCUGCUGAAGAGUCGCUGCUUCGAGGCGGAGUUCGUGGAUUCCGCGCAUCUUCACAUCGCCCUCAUGCAGAAGGGGGCUGAGCAGCCUGAGAAGACGACCUUGGCCGGGGCUGCGCUGGGUGGAUUUUCAGCCUUCAAGCAGGGUGGCUUCUCGGCCCUGCGUUCGCAUGCGGCUGCCUCUGCGUCGGCGUUGCCGUUGGGCGGCUUUCAGAACGAGCGGGGGGACCUCGUGGGCUCUUUGAAUAUAUCGGUGGGACGGCGGCUUGCCUGUGCAGAAGAGGAUGGAGGCCCCAUCUGGUUGCAGCUGCUGGAUGUGGAUGGCAGGAACGUGAAGGGGCAGCUGCUAGUUGACUUUCCACAGCCACCUCCAGUUCCUGCACAGACUGUGGCGAGCCCGCCGAGAGAGAAGGAGCCCCAGCCGCCGCGGCGGACGGAGGAAGCCCCGAAGCCCACGGAUGAGCCGAGACAGAGACCGCUUGAACCGAGACAGAGACCGUUUGAAGAGCCGAGACCUGCAUGGGAGAGUCGGACCUUUCAGGCUACCAAGCCCGACGUGGAGGCUGAGAGCUCCACCUCAGAGGGGCCGAUGCCUUUGCCUUUCAGCCCUCCAAGAGUUCUCAUGUCCUCUGCGUCCUCCUCUGCCGAUGGGGAGGCAGAUGCGGCACAGCUCGCCGAGGCACUGGCCGAGCAGCUAAGUCAGCUAAAUCUGCCAAGAGCGGAGGUGGCACCCCUAGAGUGGAGCUCGCAGUCGGACCAAGAUACGCACGACACAUUCAGCUCUUCGCACGGCUCCGAGGUGAACAUCUUCAACAUCAACGAUGCAGGAAGGGCCUCGCGAGCUCAGGUGCUCAAAGACCAGCUGAUGAGAUGGUCGAAGAGGGCCGCGCCUUGGCGAUUUUCCCAGCGGCUGCAUUCGGCUUUCGACCCUGAGGCCCGACAAGGACGCCGCGAGGUGCGGAAGUGGCGACAGCGACACGAGGUUUUCUGCCUCCUGAAUGAGAUCGAGCAACACCUGAACGAUGUGGUCGCCGGCUUGCGGCAGGCGGACUCCUCCAUGAGGCGCUUCUGUCGAAGCCACGGCUCAGAACGGUUGCUCCAAGAAGCCUCGCGUCUUCCCGCCUUCUUGUGCGAUGCUGCCCUCUACUACAAGUCUGAAGCCGGCGUGCCGGGUAAAUUAGAGGACAAGCUCUGCAAGCUGGAGCGAGUCGCUGACGAUUUUCGCGCCAUCUCCAUUGAGCCUCCAGAUGUGGCUCCAGAACAGAGUGGCGAUGGGAGCCAGGAUCCGGGAGAAGCCGAAGACUUGCAGAUUGACAUCGCUGUGCUCUUGGAGAGCACUUUGAUGGCGGCUUCACAGGCCCUUGGGGAGUACAAGAAGAUGCACUGCCGGUUGGAGUUGGUGGCCACGGAGUACGAACCCCUUUGCCGCCUCGAGCUGAGUAAUGCGACGAGGCCUGCUACUUUUCUCCCACUGCUGGCAGAGGACGCUGCCGUGACGCUGCCAGACCAGGCUAUCGUUUGGGCGCAGGACUUCUCCCAGUUGGUAGACCAGGCCUCCCAGACCCUCGCCACCCUCGUCCGCGAGCUGGCCAGCCGGAAGCAGAUCUUCACGAUGCUGGCGAUGAUCGUGGGUGGUGCUUUCUACGGGUAUGUCGUGGGCAACAUUUCGGUGAUCCUUGCGAGUAAUGACGUGAACUGGCGAGCUCAGAAGGAGCGUUUGGAGUUGAUCGAGGCCUGGCUCACUCACCAUCGCUUUCCCACGCAGCUGAGAAGAAGGAUAUGGGCGUACUACAAGCAGACGGUGAACAGCCAGGUCUGCUGGGACGAUGCCACGGUCUUCUAUGAGCUUUCCUCGGAGCUGCGGGAGGAUGUUGCGAGCUUCCUCAUCCAUCCUGUGCUUCCGCGGAAUCUCAUCUUCCGGGGGGUGCCAACCAGUGCGAUGAUACGCCUCGUUGGUAUACUGCAGCAGGUGACGGCCAAGAAGCGUGAGCGCAUCGUCCCGUCAGACAAGUUCGUCAUGGGGAUGUUUCUCAUCCUCGACGGUGGUGCCGUGUUUGAGAAAGAGCUCGAGGACAUGGUCGCCGACGGUUCAGAGGCUACUGGUGAAGGCCGCAAGAAGUUGACGGAGCUUCUCCGAAACGGCGACAGUUUCGGCGAAGAAGUACUGCUUGGUCUCAAGAAUGAGUAUGAGUACACCGUGACUGCCUCUCGCAAGCUCGUCCUGCUCUUUGUGCCAAGAGAUCGUUUCAUCGAGCGGCUGGCGAACAUGCCGGAAGUCUUCGGCAUCAUGCGGGCAAACUUCGUUGGCUGA